AUGAUGGCGGCAGCGGGAUGCGGAUCAGCAACCGCGGCUGCCAUAGGAGGCCAAGUUGGUACUGCUGCACCCCGAGGUCGCUUCCCUGGUCGGCCUUGGUCGUCUCGCAGCCGCUUGCGUUCUGAGAAGCGAUGGCAACUCGACCGAUCAGGGGCAGAAGCUGACGAUGUGACUAAUGCUGGAGGCCCAAGGCCCACAAGCCUGGUUCUCUCGUUAAACGAGGACCAGUCUCACUUGCGUUUACUUGGGAUAGAGUCGAACCACAAGAGCUUAGCGCAGGCUGGGUACAGCUCAAGUGGGAGCGAAGAGGUGAGAGCCCAAAUCCCUGCUGGAGAAGAUGAUUUCACAGGAUUUGAAUCUGAUCGUAAAGGAUAUAAAGGCCCCGUACGGUCCAGACAUAAUCCCUCCAAAAGUGAUCCUGUCCAAACAAAAUCAAAAAGGAUACGAGAGAAGCCAUCCCUUGUAGUCACCCCAAAGGAGACAGAGGGGUCUCCAACUCCUGAAGAAGAUGCACCAUCUUCACAAGAGGUCCACUGUGCAAUUCCUCCUGAUGCAGUGCCUUCCAAUGAUGGUAGAAAGGGUUCAAAAAACAAGCACUCAAACCCAGCAAAGGAGAAGCGUCCUGCGAAAAACGGAGCGGCUUUAACUCCAAGGAUUACCAUCAAGUUGGUGGCCAAGAAGACGGUAAGAAAGGAAAAGGGAGGACAUCUAAAAUCUGUGGAGAAGUUGAAGGUAAAAGGAUUGCAUUUUCAAUCAAAAGCUAAUGACGUCAAAGGUGACCAGAUCUCCAGUGCCCAUGUCAAAUUAAAGACCGAGACACAAGCUGAUGAGGCACAGCAUCUGAAUGGCACUGAGGAUGAGGGAGGCGGAGGAGCCAUACCAGCAAGGAGGCGUGGUAGAUCUGCCUCCAAGAUCACUGAACCCUGUGUUCAAAGUGGGGCCAAAGUUGGGGAGGUUGAUGACCAAAAAUCAGAGGGGGGUAUAAAAUCAACAGGCAAACAGGACAUUGCACUGGAAAGUGGAAAUGCGGCGCCAAAAACAGACAUUAAGAAAUUCAAACGGAAAGAAAGAACCACAGAGGUAAGCACUGAAGUCAAUAAACUGGUGAUACGGAGAAGAAGUAGAACUACUAAUCCACCCUCCGAAACACAUGAAGGCCUUGUAACAGAAUCAAAAAACCAGAGCAAUGAAAAAGUAUGUCUGGCAGAGUCUUUGUUAGAGGUUUCAAGAAUAGAGGAAGCCAAACCACCACCCAGAAAGAGUAAGCGUAAACAAAGCAAGGCACAUCAAGCAGAGAAGAUGGUCACAGAAAUCCAUGUUCCAUUAGCCACAGAACCUAAAAAGCCAAUUGUUGAAUCCAAUGACGGUCUGGCUUUUAAAAAUGACGAUGACAUUAUCGGGAUUCCAUGUUUUAAGCUGAUUAAAAUCAGAAAACCCAAAUUGGAAGGCUCAUCUCGGUCUGAUAGUAAAGGCUCCUCUCGUAAGAAGAAACGAAGCAAGUUUGUGUGGACACUUACAUUAGUUAAGGGGAAAAUAAAGGACACCCAAGUGCAGGGCUCUGGAAAUACUGUCAAAGGAACAGAGAAGCAGCGGAGUACCGCUGAAUUAGACAAAGACUCUCUUUUUGAACCCAGUGUGAUCAAGAGUGUAGAGAACCCUGAAGAGAAAGAGGCCACGAGUUUCACCACUUCCAGAGAUGCUGAGCACACACAUAAUGAGAAGUCUUCCAAGAAGAAGACUAAGGAGACUUCGUCUCUUGAGGAAAAGUCCUCUCUUCAUGUUGAAGUGGGACAGGUAACGCAACCACAUCCAGAGGAGGCCACUCAAACUGACUGUGGUGAUACUGUGGCAAAGGUUGUUCCACCCCUUCAGAUAAAAAAGGUCUCCUCACCCGGUAAACCUAAACGCUCAAAACCAUCAUUCCUGAUCCAUCAAACUAGUCCUGCGCCUGAAGAAAAAAAGAUACUGGUGAACACAAAAGAUUCCAUUGAAAUUCUGGAGGAAAAUGUUUUUUUAUCAGACACAAAUGCUGUGCCAACUCUCAAAGCAAGGAGGAGAAGACUGGCGAAGAUGUCUACACCACGGAAGAAGCGUGGAAGUCAUAAACCCUGGACAACCCACAAACACAAGCUUCAAUCAAGUCCAAAUGUGGAACAUCCAUCUGAUGUACCUGCCAGUGAAGCAGAACCACAGAUCAAUGAGGUUUUGAAGACAGACAAGGUGGAAACCUCAGUCUCUAAACCUAGAAGGAGAAGAAGUUCGAGUGUUCCAGUUAGAAAGAGGCCAGGGAAGACACAGAUGUUACCUGAACCCACUGAAUCGCCAAACACAGAGUUAGCUCCAUCUGAACCACAGACAGAGGUCUCCACAUUGUCUGUUGUCUCUAAACCUAGGAGAAGAAAUUCUAGCCUUUCAAUAAGAAAGAAGUCAAGAAAGACACCAGGAUCAUCUGAAACUCGAAUCACAGAGAUGGCUCCAUUUGAACAGCAGACAGAGGAGGUCUCCACAUUGUCUGUUGUAUCUAAACCUAGGAGAAGAACUUCUAGCCUUUCAAUAAGAAAGAAGUCAAGAAAGACACCAAGAUCAUCUGAAACUCAAAUCACAGAGAUGGCUCCAUUUGAACCACAGACUGAGGAGGUCUCCACAUUGUCUGUUGUCUCUAAACCUAGAAGAACUUCUAGCCUUUCAAUAAAAAAGAAGUCAAGAAAGACACCAACAUCAUCUGAAACUCCAAUCACAGAGAUGGCUCCAUUUGAACCACAGACUGAGGAGGUCUCCACAUUGUCUGUUGUCUCUAAACCUAGAAGAACUUCUAGCCUUUCAAUAAAAAAGAAGUCAAGAAAGACACCAACAUCAUCUGAAACUCCAAUCACAGAGAUGGCUCCAUUUGAACCACAGACUGAGCUCUCCACACUGUCUGUUGUCUCUAAACCUAGAAGAGCUUCUAGCCUUUCAAUAAGAAAGAAGUCAAGAAAGACACCAACAUCAUCUGAAACUCCAAUCACAGAGAUGGCCCCAUUUGAACCACAGACAGAGGAGGUCUCCACAUUGUCUGUUGUCUCUAAAUCUAGAAGGAGAAGAAAUUUGAGCCUUUCAAUUAGAAAGAAGUCAAAGAGAUCAUCAUCUGCAACUCCAAACAUAGAAGUAGCCCGAUCUGAACCUUUGACUUUGGCUAACACUCAACCAGUGGUAAAGGUGGAUCAAGAGACCCAGUCAAUAGAGUGUGGAAAGGUGCUGCUGUUGGAGCCCCCUGUUAUUGAAAAGACAGAACCACGCCGUCAUAGAAGUCUGUUCAAACAUGGCAAAAAGAAGCGAAGAGCCUUGAUUGGACAGAGGCAGAAACAAAGGCAGAGGCCAAGAGGGAGAAAGAAUGAUGAGAGUAAAUCACCUGAAAGUAAGGUUCCUGAAACUAUUGAAGAGGUAGCCCUAAAGGAAGUUUUCUCCCCAGAGGCUGCUUCCAUACCUGCAAGAUCUAAACUCAUUGGCAUCCUCAAGACCAAGUACAGAAGGAAAAAGGUCCCCAAUUCACGCCUUCAGUUCCUUGGUACCAAAAGACCAAGAGCCAGGCCUAAAACUCUGUCUAAGCAGGUAGAAAUGGAUCUCGCCCAGCACAUUUUGGAGGAGCAGGAUAUACAAGACACGGUGGAUGAUGAACCACAGUCUGAUGCUUUUGAUGAACAGCAUGGUAAAUCAAAGUACCUUAAAAACAUAAAGCACUUCAUCAUGCCUGUUGUCAGUGUCCGGUCCUCACGGGUGAUCAAGACUCCACAAAGGUUUAUGGAUGAUGCUGGCAUGUCCGUUUUGCCCCGUAGAAACUCCCCGAAGAAAGGCCAACUAUUCGGCUUACACCCACGCACCGGAAGGAAACGAGAAGAUGGCACAGGUAGAGAGCUUACUCCUGAUCUGUCUGUCGACGAGGAAGAAUUUCUAAAUGAGGCGCAGUUGGAUGUCGACAUGUUCUCAACUCAGGAACUCGAACAGGAAACCACUGACGUGAGUGACUGCUUAUCCUCCGGAAAGCAGUCUGGAAAGAGGAAGUCCCUCUUGAGGAAUCCCAGUUUCAAGUGGCAUGUGCCAGGAGAGUCUGGUGAGGAGGUAUAUACGCUGGACAAAACUCUACAGAGCAAGUAUGAGACUUUACUUUUAUCCAAAGAAUUCCAAAUUGCUUCUGACCAAUCAACCGAUCCCCAGGAGGUUCAGAAAAAAAGGCCAUGCAGGUUCAACAAGCAAACAUCUCACCUAAAUAUGUACAAGCGACUGAAGAAGCUGCAACCAGGACUUCCCAAAAAGAGAAGAAAAAAUGUGAUGACAGAUGGUGUUUGCAAUACUCUUCAAUCUUCUGUUCAUAUGCUAGCGGAAGGUCUGGAUGAUGAAGUCAAGAGCAUCUGUCUAAAGAAACAUACAACAAUCACAGCUCCAAACAAACCCAAAUCAAAGCAAGGCAAAUCCAAGCUCAAGAUUGAGGACCUUGAUAGCCCUGGGGUUGUGCGAAAAGUCUCUGUGUGUGUUCACACUAUGAACUCAAAGUUCUUAACAUUUCAAUAUGGAGAACAUGAGGAGUUGACAGAGGAAGACAAAACAAAUGCUGAGAAUGUUAUUGCAGAAGCAGGAAAGCUUGAGCCACAGGAACUGCAUCUGAACAUGAUCGCUGAGCCUGACCGUGCUGCUGCUGAGGAGAAAGGAGCCACCCAGAGAGUUCGCUUCACAGGGGCCAAUAAGAGGAUGUUCAAUCUGCUCAAGAAAGCCAAGGUCCAGCUCAACAAGAUCGACCAGCAGAAACAACUGAAGUCUUCAGGGCUUCUAUCAGGGCCUGCUGGCUCCAGAGAUGCAGCAGGGAAGAGACAAAGGAGGAAACCGAAAGAGCAGCUUGAGCCUGUUGCCUCAAACAUGACUGACCCUCCCCUGUCACAGGAGUUCCGCAGAGCGGGGGGUCCACGCAUCAAGCAUGUGUGCCGUGCAGCAGCUGUGGUGCUGGGCCAGCCUCGUGCACUGGUGCCCGAUGACAUGAUCCCCAGACUCAGUGCGCUGCCUCUGCAUGAGAGAACUGGCAUAUCCCCCUCUGGAAAGAACCAAGGUGGUCAGUCUCUCUCUGGGCCAGACAGCCCUGGGCUGCCGGACCAAAAGGUUACCACGGUCAGGAAGUCAGGAGCAGGUUUUGCUAAACAAAAGAGCCUUGGGCCUUUUGGGCUCCGCUCUCGGAGGUGUGGGAUCUGCAAGGGCUGCAACCAUGAGGAGGACUGUGGCGAGUGCAUGAACUGCCUGGACAAACCCAAGUUUGGAGGGCCCAAUACGAAGCGACAGUGCUGCAUAUAUAAAAGAUGUGAUCAGAUUGAAGACAGAAAAGCACGUCGUUUGAGUGGCAAGUUCCCUGGAGGUCCUGGGAAUCGCAGGCGGCACUCCCUCAGCGUGGUUCAGUCUAGCAAUGAGGAAGUUGAUGGGAUGGAGGUGCGGGACAGCCAGAGCCCAUCUGUGAGGAAGCAGCCGCGGCGCUGUGUGAAGCCACGCUCCUACUUUGACCUGCUGGACUAUGACUCCGACCUGGAGAUCACUGUGGGCUCCAACUCUGCCUCUCCCGGCCGGAGGAGAGGCCCCGGCCCACGCAUCCAAGACUUUGUCUCUCUUGAUGGAUUCCUGGGAGAUCUAUCGGAUGACGGUUUGAGACAUCGCAGGCUGCACCACCGAGUUCCUCCGUGUCGCCGUAAAACUGACAAGCAGUCCCACCCUUCACAGGCACAGCAGAAGCAGACAGGCCUGUGGAGCGGUGGUGUCUACAGCUGGCUGGACGAUGACCACCAGGGAGAGAGAGAGUCAGAGGGGCUGUCGGCGGAGCAGCUACUGCUGCAGAUAACGCAGUCGCCCCCACACUUACAGUCAGACCUGGAGCUAUCCUCCUCCUACCCUGAGGACCAAGGGUCUCCCCUGCGCCUGCUAUCCCACGCUGAGGCCACCCCGGGGUGGCCAAGGGCCAGGAAUCCUAUGGAACAGAUGCCACCUAGCGUCCUGGCCGCCCUGGCAAAUGGAUUUGACCAGAGGGAGAGGGAGCCCUCCGAGCCUACGCACAAGAUCGGCGUGGACUUCAAGGAGGACUGUGACCUCCAGAAUGUGUGGAUGAUGGGAGGCCUGAGUAUCCUGACCUCUGUACCCAUCAUGCCCCCCUGUGUCUGCCUGCUGUGUGCCAGUGAAGGACAACAAGAACAAAUGCUGUACUGCCAGGUGUGCUGUGAUCCCUUCCACUGGUUUUGCCUUGAGGCAACGGAUCGGCCCUCUGAGGAGAACUGGUGCUGUCGCCGCUGCAAGUGCUGCCAUAUAUGUGGCAGAAAAAACAAGCACUCCAAGCCUCUGCUGGAGUGUGACAGAUGUCAGAACUGUUAUCACCCUUCAUGCCUGGGGCCUAACUACCCCAAACCCAACAGGAGGAGGAAGGCCUGGGUGUGUAUGACGUGCAUCAGGUGUAAAAGCUGUGGGGUUACACCAGGGAAGAGUUGGGACACUGAGUGGAACCACGAUAAAGGACUCUGUCCAGACUGCACCAAGCUCCACGACCAAGGCAACUACUGUCCGAUCUGCUUCAAGUGCUAUGAGGACAGUGACUACGACAGUCAGAUGAUGCAGUGUGCCACCUGUAACCACUGGGUCCAUGCCAAGUGUGAGGACCUGACAGGUGACCUGUAUGAGAUUCUGUCCAGCCUGCCAGAGAGUGUGGCGUAUUCCUGCCGGCCCUGCAGCCAGUCCCAGCCCAGCCCCUGGAGAGAGCUGCUCCACAUGGAGCUGAGAGCCGGGGUAGAGAAGGUGCUGGCCUGCCUGCUCACCUCCACUCUCACCCAGCACCUCAUCACCUGCUCACAGUGUGUGACCCAGGUUGACCCUGACAGUGGAGCGGAGGGCCAGCCAGCCUGUGACCUCCGUGCUGUGGGCAAGAAGUUUGACAAAGGCCUCUACACCACCCUGAAAUCGUUCCAUGAAGAUGUGGUGCAAGUGGUGCGGAGGCGUCUGGACCAGGAGGAGUCUCUCCCGGAGGAUGAAAGGCCCACAGCCGUGGCCCGCUCCUACUACUUGAAGCUUCUGGAGGAGGUCUUCAACUGGUUCAACAGCCAGGACCCCAAAGUGUGGGACCCCCGAUCCAAAGACCUUCCUAUUGGGAUGCUGUCCCAUGCGGUUCAGCCCCCCACCACUGAGCAUGUGUAUGCCCAGUGGCGUGAGAGGGAGGAGCUAAGGUCCAGGGCCCCUCUAGGGAGCCUGCAGACGGAGAAUGUACCACGCCUGGAGGUGAAACAAGAAGAGGUGCCUCACCCCACCACCCCACUGAUCACAGAGCCAACCAGGGGUCUCCACUUUAGGAAAAACAGGGCUUUCAGGCUUAAUAAACUCAAAGGGAAAAGGGGAAGAGCCGGACGGCAAUCCAUGUCUGAGGGACGUCCAUUCAAGUCUGAGGGACGGCUGUCCAAGGCUGACCUAGACACAGGGUGGUCCAAGGACGACGGGAGGCAAUGCUCACUGUGCCAAAAGUAUGGAGAUGCUAAGUCCAAUGAGGCGGGCAGGCUGCUGUACCUGGGCCAGAACGAAUGGGCUCACAUCAACUGCUCCAUGUGGUCCGCCGAGGUGUUCGAGGAGGACAAUGGCUCUCUGAUGCACGUGCACAGUGCCGUCGCUAGGGGGCGCUUCAUGCGCUGUGAGCGCUGUAACCAUACAGGUGCCACAGUGGGCUGCUGUCUGACCUCCUGCCAGAGCAACUACCACUUCAUGUGUGCCCGCUCCCGCAACUGUGUAUUCCAGGACGACAAGAAGGUCUACUGCUACAAACACAGAGACCUCAUCAGUGGCAAGAUCAUCACCGGCCAAGGGUUUGAGGUGAAUCGGAGGAUGUACGUGGACUUUGAUGGGAUCAGUCUUCGCAGGAAGUUCUUGACUGGACUCGAGCCAGAAAACAUCAAUUUGAUGAUUGGCUCUUUGCAGAUUGAAAAUCUAGGUAUGCUGACUGAGCUGUCUGCAAAGCAAGGAAAACUCUUCCCAGUGGGUUACCGGUGUUCUCGCUGGUACUGGAGCACGGUGAACCCACUGCGGCGAUGCAAAUACACGUGUACGAUCCGUGAGGUCCGACCGCCGGUCCCUGAGAAACCUGCUGAAGAGAUGCCUGACAAGGGAGAGAAUAGCACUAUAGCACACAGCCCCUGCGCCCAGUCAGAAUCUGAUGCCCAAGAGGUUGACGUGGCACAUUCCCGACCCACUACUCCCAGCUUCUCAGCUCCACUCCCUAAACCUGACCAUGGGGCAAGGCCCAAAAUCAGGAGACCAGCUGGAGGACUGUUCCGGCCUCUACCCUCCCCAGGAGCAACCAAGUCCAAACCCCACCACAUCCUGACCAUCAGUGACUUGGAGGAGACACGCAGGCCUCGUCGCCACAGCCCCCACUCCCAAACCCGCAGGGACAUGUCCUCCCCACCCCUGGGCUCUCCAACUGGAUCGGGACUAAUCACCCUCCGCACUGGGGGCUCCAUGCAUCCCAAGGCCUCCGUACCCACCUCUCUGUUGUUUCCAAUCGGUGCUACUGAUAUCCUCCUGACCUCUGCCCGUCCUGUCGGAGGUCGAAGUGCUUCCUCUGCCCGAUGCCCCGGGAACAUGACUCACUCUACCUCAGGACUCUUUCCCCAGCCACCGUGGGAAGACAGUGUGGGCAGCUUCCCUUGCCUGUCCCUCUCACCAACCGUCCAGCACUCCCCUAGACCCAGACUGUCUUUUGACCUGAACCAGUCAGACUCAGUGGAGGUACCACACAACUUCCUGGCUUCCCCAGAACCGGAGGAUAACCCUGCACCUAACAGCGCCUCACCACUUAGGGGCUCUUUCACACAAUUCCACGAGGACUCUGACGUGGCCCUGGUCUCCGAGUUGAAGACUGAGCUUGAGAUUGAGGAGACGCUAGUGAAUGAGGGAGUGGCCAUGAACUGUGGUGCACAGAUAGACGUGGAGGGCGACGACAACCAAGAGGAGUUCUGGGAGCCCGAGGUUCGCAAGAGGAAGACCCGUACAGCCCUGACCCGCUCAGCUGCAUCCACCAGGCAAGACUGGGGAAACACUUCCUCUGAUGAGGACAUGGAGCACUAUUUUGACUUCUCGCACACUGUGGUCAGUCGCACAGGCGCCAGGGACCCACCCCAGGCUCCUGCCUCUCCCUCUUCAAGAUCUAUCCCUCAGCUGGACGGUGUGGAUGAUGGGACUGAGAGUGAUGCCAGCGUGACAACUACAGAUGGGGCUCAGAAACUGAAGAGUGCCAGUCAAGUUCAGAACCCAGCUCAAACACAUGUUCUGCCUGAAGUAAAAAUUACAACAAAUGGUCUAAGUGCAGACCCUGGAAGCCCUGUCCCAGAUCAGUCACCCCUUCGCAACCCUUUCAAGUCUACAACCAGAGUUUUCCUCCCCGCUACAAAACCUCCCCCAGCGUAUAGACCCCAUGAUCCAUCCAAAGCCUUUAAUGCCACACAACUAGCUAGGACUGAAUUGGACAGUGUGACCCUUGCGCCAACUGAGAUCUCAGCAGAAGCUCGAAGACCAGCUGCAGUGGACCCUUCCACAACAUACAGCCCUGCUGAUGUGAAUACUACUCCCCUGCAGUUAUACACCUUCCCAACUCCUGUAGAGCAAAAUAACUCAGUCCCCUCCUUAGACUCCCACAAACCAGUGCUGAUUACACCCCUUCAAGGAACUCUGCUGGACUUUGUCCAUACUAAGGUGCCUGAUACGGUCUACCCAGAGGAUUUAUUUCAAGUUUCCGGUCUGGACUUUGUCCCUGGGGCUCCACUUGUUCUUGAAAGGUGUGAUCCUCCCUCUCCCAGCACUUGUUUCACUGAGCUGGUCCCUGUCCAGGUUGAUGCUCCCAUGGAAACCCAUCAGCCUCAAGACCCAAAAGACCUCUUCUUGGAUUCUAACAGCGGCCACUUUGUAUCGCCCACAGAUGGAUCUUCCAUUUACAUGAACCACUUGACAGAGAGUUCACGAGUUCCCUCGUUGAGCAGUAGUCAGGGCACCCUGUUGGAGCUUCUUCAACCCUCUUCUCUUAUCUCCUCGGACUUCCCUAACCCCAGCGUAGCACAGAUGAACCCUUUACAAAUGAGUCCCUCUGUGCAGUCCUCUUUGCCUGGCUUUAACCCUUCAAGGCCACCUCUCAGUAGCAUCUCGCUACAACCCCUGACAUCCUCCCAAGGGUCAACAGUCUUGCCGCCCAUGGAGACCUUUUGUACCAAAUUAUCAGCACCUAUUCAAGACAGUGCACUUCCACAUUUGUCCUCUCAAAUUGAUCCCAUUUUAUCUGCAACAUCAAGCGUCAGGCUCCCAUCUUAUGGAUCUGUCUCUCUGCCUAUAUUCUCCACACAAUCCCAGGCCAUGGUCUCCACAGCUAUUACCAUUGUAUCCUCCUCUCCCUCCGUAUCCUCUCUCUCCGAUGCUCUAUCCACCCAGUGUCACCCCAUGCUCUCUUCGCUUCAGCCCUCCUCUGCCCCUGUGAUGAUUAACGGAUACAGCUCCACGUCUCUGCAGAAGGAAGCUGCCCUGGGACACACCAUCUCCAUCAACUUCUCCACCCCCAGGCCGCCACUGGAGCCCCAACAGCCGCUGUUAACUCAGGGACUACCUGGCCACGCUAUCCUUACUGUGAAGGAAGUGGGUGGUCCUAACGUGGACCCUACACCUCACGUUCUACUGGUCAACCGCCUGGGCCAGAUCUUUGUGAAGAACCCAGAGAGCAACACCUUCCAGCUUCCCAGUCAGAGCUGUCCCUCCUAUAAUUGUGUCACUCAGAUAGCCAGCCUCCUUCAGAGCAAUGCCCUGUCUGCCACCUUGGCAGCAGCUGGUACAAUGUCCACCCCAGUUACAGGGACUGCCAUGCCAACCCAUGUCCCUAAGAUGGCCACACCUGUGGUUCAGAACCCAGGUACCAUCACUCAACUGCUCACUCAUAACAGCAAUGGGACAGUGGCAGCAACUGCGGUCAAGAAACCCAGGAAGAACGCAAGCGUAUCUGCAGAUGGAGCUAUACCAGGGAUGAAGAAACCCAGAAAGAAGAAAGAACCUUCCACAACUUCUAAGAGAGAGAAGUCUGACAAAGCUGCAGACCUGUUUGAGUUUGCUGGUCAGGACGGGAGUUCCUCCAUGACCAAGACUGAGAGCGCCCAAGCCAUCAUCAACCAAGCCAUGGCCAGUAACUACACCCCCAACCGGACCGGUCCGCGCAUACUGAGUCCCUCCACAUUCCGUAACAACCCUUCCCUGAAAUCUGUGGUCCUGCCCCCAGGACUACUCAUCGAACCCGAGCCCGCAGCCCCCACACUGUCUGUUUCAACACCCCGCCCUUCUCGCGCCCAUGUCCGUAUGAAGAGGGUGUCCUCCCUUUCAGAUCGCAUUGGUGCCACAAAGAAGUCCAAGACAGACUUCCUAGAGCCAGAGCCCCCUAGUGCUAAGGAGGACCUGUCGGUACCCAAAGACAGCUUUGCUGCUGUCUCCAGCAGGGCUGGGGGUGUUCGCAUUAAAACCCCAACGGUGAAAGGUGUGUUGGACCUGGACAAGCUAAAGGAGGAGCACUUGAGUGACUCUGAAAGCACAAGGCCAGGGCCUUGGGACCGCCUGUCUAUACCUCGAUUUGGGGGGGACAUGGGUAAACAGAACUGGGACACAGUGGGCCGCAGUGCCCUGACUGACUGGAACAAAUACUCAGGUGCUGUAUCGUGCUCAGAUGAUGAGCUGCUGCCAUCAGACGAGGACGAUGAGUGUCCCCCCAGCCGAGACCAGCCCCACCUUCGCUUCGAAAUCAAAAGCGAUGACGGCUUCAGUGUGGAGGCAGACAGCAUAGAGGUUGCCUGGAGGGCAGUGAUAGACUGUGUCCAGGAGGCGCGGGCAGGGGCAAGGCUUAGGCAGCUGUCCUUCUCUGGGAUGACAGGUGUCCGUAUGCUGGGCCUGCUCCACGACACGGUGGUCUUCUUGGUGGAGCAGCUCCAGGGGGCCCGCCGCUGCCAUAGCCACGCCUUCCGCUUCUUUAAACAGAUCAGCCAAGAGGAGGACCUGCCUGUCAACCCCUCUGGAUGUGCCCGCUCUGAGGUCUACCUCAGGAAGUCCACCUUCGACAUGUUCAACUUCCUGGCUUCCCAGCACCGCCAGCUCCCUGACAUCAACCCCUACGAUGAGGAGGAGGAUGAAGUCCCACUCAAAUCCACAAGACGUGCCACGAGCUUGGAGCUCCCCAUGGCCAUGCGCUUCAGACAUCUGGAGAGGACAUCUAAGGAGGCUGUAGGCGUGUACAGGUCUGCUAUCCACGGCCGAGGUCUGUUCUGCAAGAGGAACAUCGAUGCUCAGGAGAUGGUCAUCGAGUAUGCCGGCAUCGUCAUUCGCUCAGUGCUCACAGACAAGCGAGAGAAGUACUACGAUGGCAAGGGUAUCGGCUGCUACAUGUUCCGUAUCGAUGACUUUGACGUGGUGGACGCCACGAUGCACGGCAAUGCGGCACGCUUCAUCAACCACUCGUGCGAGCCCAACUGCUACUCGCGCGUCAUCAACGUGGAGGGCCAGAAGCACAUCGUCAUCUUCGCCUUGCGCAAGAUCUACCGGGGCGAGGAGCUCACCUACGACUACAAGUUCCCCAUCGAAGACCCAGCAAGCAAGCUCAACUGCAACUGCGGGGCCCGGAAAUGCAGACGCUUUCUCAACUAGGGGCAGGAGGAGGACUUGGUACUGCCACAGUCUCUGCAGGGGGAACAAGGCACAAGGGAAGGGGGUGAGAGCAGAGGCAACAAAGGAAGAGGUUAAAAGCCUUAAAUUAAGGUUUUACUGGUUUGGGAGGUGGGGGAGGAGAAAAUACAGGAAAGGAUGAGCCACUACGAAGAGACUGGGAGAGGAACCAGGGCCAGGAGAUGGGGAGCAAGAUGGAAGAGGAGCGCCACACAGGGACAUGCAUCAAUAAGCUCACAUUGGCUCCUAACCGAUAUGCAUCUGCCAGAGGUUGGGCAAGUUUGCCACAGAAGAGAGCGGAAGUAGCUACCGUUAUAGUGUGUGUUUUUUUCUUGAGAACAGGAUACUGAACGCUGCAGACAUUGUGGUUAUGCUGGUUCUAUGUUGCAUGAAGGUAUUUUCCUUGACGCCAUAACAUCAAGCACUUUCUGUUGAAAUGAGGGUGGACCAGAAAAGCUAGACUUGGAGAGAUUCCUCAUCUUUUUUUUGUCGGGGGGGCAGGGGGAGAUUUUUAAUUUCAACACCCAUAAUCAUGUUGGCUCCAUCCUCUCUAGUUGAUCCCUUAGCCAUAUCUCCAUCUUUACUUGAUUUAUUAAUCAUCGUUUUAUUUAUUUGAAAUUAUUUUUCACAGAACUCAUCAUGCGUCAGGUUGUACAUAUUUGCUUUCCGUUGACUGUUCAUAGAACCAUGGUGCUAGAUAUGAUGGGCCAUAGACUUUGUGGUUCCUAGGUCAGAGACCCAGCAAAUAAUACCUAUUUUUCUAUCCAUUCUCCACUUCCCUGUUGCACAGACCGGGGAAGAGACCUCCAUUAUGUUCAAUUAAACGGUUAGAUAACAGUGUCACCCUUAAAGAGUUUGCUGCAGCUAAAUCAUAUCUUUAAGAACUUUCCCUUCACCAUUUUUGUGUGUAGCAAACACUACCCAAUCCAAGAGUGACGAGUGUAGUUCUUUUUUAUUUAAAAAUAUAUUUUAUUACUAUCAUGGCAAAUGCUGAUUACCUUUUGCAAUAAUAUUAGGCCUACUUCUUUGCUGCCCUACAGUUGCACAUCUUUAGUGAAUUAACAAAAUCCAGACUCCAUAUUUCUCAACAGUCAGUGGAGUUAACAAAGUACUGACUUCUCCUUCUGACAUUCUCUGCCAUCCACAAAGGGUGGAACACUGUCCAUGUUACACCACUAAGAGAUGUGUUAUAAACUCUAUAUAUACCUGACUGUGGACUGACAGCACCCCUGUGCACUGGAGAUCUCAAGCAUAGCAUUAGGCCAGUACUGUACUGUAUGUUGCUCUGUAGGAUGGCUUUAAGAGAGAAUAAUGUCUUGGUGUAAAACCAAGAUAGGGAGAGAAUGCACUCAGCACCUUAACAUUUGCUGUCGUACAACUUUGGACAACGCUGUCAGUCAGUUCAGUCAUCAAAUGUACACUCUGUUGUUCACAUCUUUACAAUAAGAGAUUGCUUGAGCUCUAGAAUAGUUGUAUUUAUUCAUGUUUCUGUUCAGAUUUGGACUGGUGAAACUAGCUGUGCUUUGUAUAAAUGGUGGUCUAGUUGGAAAUCCUCCUCCCCUCGUUUCCUCUUUUUGUUUACUUUGUUACUUCUUCUUUCUCUUAUUUGAACCUUGAUGUUUGAGGACAGUUGUGUAUUACAUUUCAGCCUUUACACAAGACAUUGUUCUAAAGCAGGUAUUUUUUUAUUGUUUUUGAUUGUAUUUCUUUGUUCUGGUAGAAUUUUCAUGGAGAAAGUAAAGCAGGCCUUAGUAUCGGCAGGCCAUAUAACAGAAGAAUAUCAAGCAUUCGAGUCAUGCUGUUCUUCCCAUCUGCGUGCUACAGAGAACCCUUCAAGGUACAGAUAAUAUUCUAAAGGAAGUGAGCACUGUCCUUUUGAAAUAUAAUACCCAGUAAGGAAGAGCUUAGGCCCACCAGCCUGCGCGACCAAUCAGUGAGAUGGAGCCUGUAUUCCCAUGUGUCAAUCAUAUAACACCCUUAGCAGAGUUUGCCAAUAACAGGAUGCAUCUUUUUCAGGGAUACGGCUAUCCUUAACCUAGCUUCCUUUUUCGCUGAAAAACUGAUGUUGUAACAAUGCUCAGAGCAGGUUUCUCUAUGCCCACUCCACUCCCUAACCUCUUGCCAGGAUUCUACCUCAGUUGCUCUGACAGAUGUUAAAGAAUACUAAUGCAAAAAAGAGGAUGAUGACAAUAUAAUAAGAGUAACUUGGUUUUAAUGUCCUGCAGAGCUGGCCUGUGUGUUCCAUGAAACAUGCAAAGCACUAGUUGGAAACCUGAAGUUACCAUGACGAUCUCUCCCAGAACUGGUUCAGAAAGCUGUAUGUUCUAUAUGGUAGGGUUAUUUUAAAGUAUAACAAAGUGUUAAAGACAUGAAAAUAUGUGUGAACUUGUCUUUGUUACCUUGUACAAAUAAACCCUGAGUUUGUAAAUAAUUGUAUACAUAUUUCUAAACCCGUUUAAUUUUUCUAUGCACUUUUUUUAUUUAUAAUGUUAUUUGCUUAAUAAAGAUGUUAAGAUGUUUGAACAAA